AUGAUUGCCCUAUUUUCAAGAAAGGAUCUACUUGAAGAACAUAUAAAGUACAACUACCACAGUCAAAAUAAUCCUAAUGCUGGGCAAAGAGAAAUCUUUACGGAAAAAGAUCUUGAAGCAGAUAGUGAUCCAGUAGAGAAUAACAUUAUCAAUGAAAAGACUAUUAAACUACAGAAGCAGAAGCCUAAUAGUUAUGGCUAUGCAUUGAUCCAAACAGAUAAGAAGCUUGCAAAAGAAAUUCCAAAGUUGUGCAAUUUAGAAAAAAUAAAAAUGACAGAACAUGAUUGGCGAACAUAUAACUCUGCCAGAAAAUGUUAUAUAUGUGAAGGUCCUCUACAUGAAGCCCGAUAUAAUAAAGCCACAGAAGAAAAACUUGCAGAGGCUAUAUAUCAUACAGAAGGUUUAAGUAUAGAAGAAGAAAAUAUAUUCAAAACAGCUUCCGAAUGUUGUAUAUGUAAGAUGAAACUUCAAGCUGAUAUAAAUAAAAACAAAAUUAGAGAUCAUGAUCAUUUCACUGAAAAAUAUCGUAGUCCAGCACACCGUGGCUGUAAUCUUCAACUCCAUAUUAAGCCAGAUGAAAUUAAGAUCUCAUUAAUAUAUUAUAGUAGGAAGCAUUAUAACUUCUAUCAUAAAAUACGGGAAUUAGGCCUAAUUAGUGAAGACAAAAUCGAAAUAAUUGCGGACAAUUAG